UUUGCAGACAUUACCUGGCCAUGCGGCGAUGCAUUUUUGCAGUUACCAACAUUAACGACGCAUCAGUGGUUGAAACUUAGACGAGUAAAUUUCCAUCUCAUGUAAUCAACACAAGCAAAAUCUUCCAAAAACCCUCUCCAAAAAUGAUCAAAAACCGAACUUACCGCAAAAUGCAUAAACGAAAGUCUCGCAAGUCGAAAGCCACAAUCAACGCUAGUCAAGAAGACGAUGAACAAAAUCGACAGAAAAGUUCAUCGUCCCACGCCACCGUCGCCGCCGCAUCGUUAAACAUCAAACGUCUCCGUAGAUAUGGAAAUAAUUGGACAUCAAUGUGGUGCUGGUGGAUUUAUUGCUGCUGUUACAUUUGUCUUCUCAUGCCAAGUAGUCGUAUCACUGUCGUCACUGGAUCAUAUGCCGAACACGACGAUGCAAUCAAUGAAUUAGAUCGUCCAAUUCCAACGAUGUCUGUCCAAGGAGUCCUUGCAAAGCAAGCUAAUCUUCCCUGUGAUAUCACGCCGCAAGAGCGCGAUGACGCCGUUUUCAUGGUGCUCUGGUUCAAAGGAUCCAACGGCGAACCGCUAUACAGCUUCGAUGUUCGUGGUCGGCAGUUUAAUCAAGCGAAGCUCUGGUCAUCGCCCGAAGCUUUUGGGCCACGUGCAUUCUUCCGUACGCAAUCGCAUCCAGCGCAAUUGCUGAUCGACGACAUCCAGAUGUCCGACGAAGGCGUUUAUCGGUGCCGCGUCGACUUCCGCAACUCCCCCACGCGGAAUCUCAAGAUUAAUUUUACUGUGAUAGUUCCACCUGAAAGACCCGUCAUCUAUGAUGCUCGGCGAAGAGACAGAACGAAGCUCAUUGAGCCGUACAACGAAGGCACAGAUGUCGCCUUAAUUUGUGAAGUUAGUGGAGGUCGACCAACACCGAACGUUACCUGGUACUUGGACAACGUCGUCAUCGACGAGUCGUAUGAAGUCCGCGCUGAUGACGGUGUCGUUGUCAAUCAUCUCAACUAUCCGAAUGUCGGGCGGCAACACGUGAAUGCGCGUCUCGUUUGUGUCGCCAGCAAUACGAACCUCACGCCACCAAAUAAUAAAGUUGUUAUUCUAGAUGUUAAUUUAAAACCCGUUGCUGUACAUAUCUUAGUUAAGGAAAAAUUCAUCUCUGCCGAUAAACAAAUCGACGUAGAAUGCAAGAGUUCAGGCUCGAAGCCGGAAGCCAUGAUUACCUGGUACAAAGGUAACAAGCAGUUAAAACGAAUGUCAAAAAAUUUUUCCGAGCAAGGCAAUCAAUCGUUGAGCGUAUUGACAUUCACGCCCGCCAUGGAGGACGAUGGGAAAUAUCUAACUUGUCGUGCGGAGAAUCCUGUCGUACCCGAUAGCAUAAUCGAAGAUAAAUGGCGUUUAAAUGUUCAAUAUACGCCCGUGGUAAAAUUAAAAAUGGGCUCAUCUCUGAACCCGGACGACAUAAAGGAAGGCGAUGACGUCUACUUUGAGUGUCACAUCCAAGCUAAUCCCAAGCCGUAUAAAAUGGCAUGGUAUCAUGACGGCACCGAACUGCAUCACAACAUCACAGCUGGCAUAAUUCUGUCCGAUCAAUCGCUCGUGCUGCAAAAUGUCGUGAGGCAACAAGCGGGCGACUACACUUGCCUGGCUGUGAACAACGAAGGUCGUGGCACGAGUAAUCCCGUUACGUUGCGAGUGCGAUAUGCUCCUGUUUGUAUGAAUGAAAAGGACGAAUUAUUGGGUGCAUUAAAACAGGAAACUGUACAAUUACGUUGUGAGGUAGAUGCUUCGCCACCUGCUGAAACAUUUCAAUGGACAUUUAAUUCAUCCGGAGAACAAACGGAAAUAUCACCAAGAUUGCAUUCGAGCGAGACUGGAAUAUCACGAUUAAAUUAUACACCAACAUCUGAUCUGGAUUACGGAACGUUGUCGUGUUGGGGUCGAAAUGCAAUUGGCAUUCAGAAAUCACCGUGUGUGUUUCAAGUUGUCGCUGCAGGCCGCCCUUUUCCCAUACAAAAUUGCACAAUUUCUAAUCAAACAACCGACUCGUUCAGCAUCGACUGCAUCGAGGGUUUUGAUGGUGGCUUGCCACAAGUGUUUUUGCUCGAAGUAGUUGAAGUGCCAACACUACGAUUAUUGCGUAAUUUGACGUUAACGAAACCACCAAUUUCCUUCUACAUUGAUGAUUUGGAGCCAGGAAGUACGUAUCGCGUUGUGCUGUUUGCGAUGAAUGCAAAGGGACGUUCCGAGCCUACCGUUAUUGAUGAGAUUCUGUUUAAAGGAGUUGCCAAGUAUACAAGCAUUUCCAGUGCACUAAAUGUUCCAAUAUCCCCCGUAUUAGCUGCCCUCACCCUCACCGCCAUCAUCUUGUUCGCCAUUGUUUGCAUCGUGUCCGUUUCAGUCUACCGCAGGCAUUCAAAAAAAUCAUCUUCAUCAAAGUUGAAAUCUGCCGCGAAGCAUAAUCACGUGUCAGCGACCCCGUUAGACUGCCAACUAGAUGGCGCCAUGAUGCAAGAUGGGCGUCGUACGGGAAAUGACACGAGCAAUGUCAGACUCGUAGGAGCGGGAGGCGAGCCUAAUGGCAUUCAUGAAACGGAUGAUGCGGAUCCGGACAUCAUUCCCAAUCAAUAUGAACGUCGUCCACUAAAAUCAAAUCAGCCCCUUUACCGUAGUCCGUCAUCGCGACUCGCGCAACGCGAUUAUGUCGUCGGCGGUAAUAUCGCCAACAUAAUUGGCGGAGCCGCUGGUGAUGCCGAACGAGGAGGUUGUGAUGGUUCGAGUGUCGCCUCAUUAGGAGGGUCGUCCGCCACUAAUGAAGUACAUCAUUAUUCAUUUAAACCUAGUCAACAAAUUGGUUACGCCACAAUGGGUCACAAAAGUAAAAACUCCACACUAUCAAUAAGUCCAUUAGGUGCGCAUCCAGCUGUACAUUACAAUCAAUCUCCGUCACAAAUGCCACAUCACCCUCAUCAACAAAUGCAUCUCUACGGCAUUGUGCCGCCAACUAUGACGCCCCAUUCCCACAAUAGCAACGGUAACCUAAGUAGUAAUUACGGCAAUAGCAGUAGUAACAUUCAGCAACAACUACCACAACUCUCGACGACAAGUGUGGUAGGUGCCCUGCUGAGUCCAAGUACGAGUCAGAAUCAAGUGACAUCUUCCUUCAGCGAGUAUCGCUUCAAACCCGAAGUGGUAACGACAUCAAAUCGGAUACAGGAAAGUUGUAUAUAAAAAGUUUUUA